GUGGGCAAGGGGCAGGGUCAUCCACUCGUGCAUUUUACCAGUAAGCCUAUGGUCUCAGGAUUCUUCUCAAAUACCCCCUGUGGAUAGGCCAUGUACCCCCAGGGGUCCUAGUACUCCUGGUUGGGAACCACUGUCCUAAAACAAUGAUAAAGAAUAGAUUGGUACCUCACUUUGAAACCUCUUCGUUCGGAGUGUUUCCAUUUCGUGCCUACUAAACAUGACCCUGUUUUGUGACCUUUAUCUAUGGUUGUUUUCAGGGAACCCUUGGUGCCCCUUAUAUACCCAUGAGUAUAAUAUUUCCACCAGCAUAAUAGUUUUAUAAUGAAGCCAUAAUCCCUGGGCUGUUAGUGAACACACGCAGAGCCAUAUCCCUAUGGACAAAUAUAACCCCACAAGAGAGAACACACUGUACGUACACACACACACUCUCCACAUUGUUGGCGCUGGAAGAUCGUUUGCACAAACAAUAAAAUCCCCGAUCCCAGGAGGUGCGUAUUGCACCCUAUCUCUCGUCUCUCUUCAGAGGGGAGCAAAGUCACACACAGACGCUCUCCAGUCCGUAUCGUUUGACCCAUGGCGAACUUCACUACUACGGCCGACAACUGCUGCGCCUUCGACUCUCCCAUUCUAGACCGGGUACUGCCUCCUAUCCUGGUGCUGGAGUUCAUGUUCGGGCUGAUGGGGAACGUUGUGGCUCUGUGGAUGUUUAUCUUCCACAUGGACACCUGGAAGCACAACUCUGUCUACCUCGCACACCUUGCCGUGGCCGAUUCCAUCGUCCUGUUCUGUCUUCCCUUCAGAGCUGACUACUACAGACGCGGCAAGCACUGGAUCCAUGGUGAUGUCCUGUGCCGGCUUAUGCUGUUCCUGUUGGCGGCCAACCGUGCUGCUGGCAUCUUCUUCCUUACUGCGGUGACCGUCGACCGUUACUUGAAGAUCGUUCACCCUUUGAACAAGAUCAACCGGAUGGGCCUGAACUACGCUCUGUGGGUGUCUCUGGGCCUGUGGGGCCUGAUCAUCGCUGCAACCGGGUACCUGCUGGCCGACGAACACUUCUUCUACCGCAACAACCGGACGCAGUGCGAGAGCUUCAACAUCUGCAUGAGCUUCAGCCCGCUGUCUACAUGGCACAACACCUUCUACGUAAUCCAGUUCUUCCUGCCAACCGCCAUUGUCACCUUCUGCACCGUCUGCAUAGCCUGGCAGCUGAAGAGCAAGACGCUUGACACCAAAGGGAAGAUCAAGCGGGCUGUGCAGUUCGUCAUGGCCGUGGCACUCAUCUUCAUCAUUUGCUUCUUCCCCAGUACGGUGUCUCGGAUCGCUGUGUGGAUCCUCAAGGCCUGGUACAGUGAGUGCCGGUAUUUCCAAGAUGCCAAUUUGGCGUUCUACACCUCUGUGUGUUUGACCUACUUCAACAGCGUGCUGAACCCCAUCGUAUACUACUUUUCUAGCCCGGCCUUCAGCGGGACCUUCCAGAAGCUGUUCAACAGACUGCUGGGGAGGAAAGAGGAGGAGGAACAGCCAGCCUUGCCUGUGAACGGGACCGGGAUCGGCAGUCCGAACACAGUAUCAGGGAAGAUCUGAAGUGGUAGUUAGUCACUUCUAACCACUGAUCCAGGAUCUGGGUCUGUACUUGCAAAGUGUCUCAGAGUAAGUCUUAUUCAUUGUGAUCUAAACUACAAAACUGAUCCUAGAUCAGCACUCCUACUCUGAGACGCUUUGUGAAUAUGGACCCAGAAGUAUGACUCAGUGUGGUUAUUUCUACUCCUAGUGCAGGGUUCCCCAACUGGUGGCCGCUGGUGAUUUUAUUUGGAGUUAUUGUUGGACAUUAAAGAUUGUAAAAACACCAGCAAAAAUAAUCUCCAAGUGAUUUUAAUUUGGGAAAUCUGUUCCAAAGUAUUCCCAUGCAUAAAAUAGAAAUACAGUGUAUAUGUGAUCAUAUGCAAAUGUAAGCAAGGUUUGAAAUUAUUAUGUUUUAGUCAAAUAUCUGUUUGGGCUUCUUCUUGCUGUCAAUUUGCAGUCUACAAAUUAUUUAUAAUUAUGUUUUGGCCCCCUGACCGUCACUCAAUAAAUAAAUCGGCCUGCGGCUCAAUCUAAUUGAUCCCUGUCCUAGUGGAAUAUUGUUGUGUCUGUCAGUGACUGCGUUUACAUGCACACAGUAUUUUCUAUUUUUUAUUUUAUUUUAUUUAACCUUUAUUUAACUAGGCA